UUAGAUACCAUCGCUUUUAUCAUGAUUCUGACGUCCGACUGAGUUCAUGUUCCUAAAGCCAACGACUUUGACCAAGACAGGAAGAAUAACUGUAUUCGGUUUACUGUUAUUAUAUUUACAGGCGGAGUAUAAUAAAUCGACCGACCAAGCAUGUUCCCAUCGAGAAUAAUGGCGUGGAGCUAAAACUGAAGUGACGUUGGGGCGGUGGAGGAAAAGUGAGGAACCUGUCUCGCUGCCUUAUAAUUUAUACACCACUGCAACACCGAGGCAACACAGUGAAUCCCCAUCCGCAUCCUCAACACAACAUGGACUACAGUAACAACAAUCCUUACCUCCAGUUCGCGCCUGUUCCUCCGGCUACUACUAAUGGAUAUGGGACAAAUGGCAACAGAUCGAUGGGGAAGAUACGUGAUGCUUUGAAUCGGUGUGGGAAGAGGGUUGAGCUUGCCACUAGGAAAGCAGAGGUUUAUGCUGAUAAUAUCUGGCAUCACUUCAAGGUUAGUCCUAGUCUAGCCGAUGCAGCAAUGGCAAGGAUUGCUCAAGGGACAAAGGUACUUGCUGAAGGAGGGCAUGAUAAGGUAUUCCAGCAGACAUUUGAGGUCUUGCCUGGAGAGAAGCUCUUGAAUGCAUAUGCUUGCUAUAUAUCGACUUCAACUGGACCUGUGAUCGGGACACUUUAUGUAUCCUCCAAAAAAGUGGCCUUUUGCAGCGAGUAUCCCUUCUGUUAUUAUUCCUCCACAGGACAGCAGCAAUGGAUGUGUUACAAGGUUGUGGUGCAACUUGAUCGAUUGAGAGCAGUGAAUCCUUCUUCAAACAGAGCGAACCAUUCCGAAAAAUACAUCCAGAUUGUAACAAAGGAUGGUCAGGAGUUCUGGUUCACGGGGUUCAUAUCAUAUGACAAGGCACUAAAGCAAUUAUGCGAGGCUUGACAGCAGUCUCGCGACUCAUCUGGGGCAAUUCCUGUGGCGCAAAGCUCGUGAUCUUGCUCCCAUACCGUGGCAUACUUAACAGAUAUGACAGAAGAUUAGUGCUUUUAAAUAACUGAAAUAAUACAGGCUUGGUUAUCGAUGGCAAUGAAUGUUAAACUGGAAAAUCUUAGUCCGUCUUCCGUGUUGGGAAUUUGCUUAGAAACCCACUAGUCACCUAAUAUGAUGAUUGAUGGUUUUGAAUGUAUAGUUUCUUGAUAUUUCCUGCUUUCCA